CACUCCUAUUUUCCCGCAAUAUUUACACCAAAUUGGGCAUCAGCGCUGCCUCCUUCCCCGCACAGCCCUGCGGCUGUGCCCCCACCCUAGGGCAAGGCGGCAGUCAUGCUCCCCGCGCUUCAGUCAUUGCUCUCUCUGGCCUGGCCUGCAGAGCGUAUUGGAAUCGAGACUGAACGCUGCUGGGAGCAGGAGCAGCUGGUCAUGGUGGAAUUAUCUGGAAUUAUUAAUUCAGACUUCCUAGAAAAAUGUGAAAACAAAUGCAAGAUUUUGGGAAUAGACACAGAGAGGCCCAUUUUGCAAGUGGACAGAUAUGUCUUUGCUGGGGAAUAUGAAGAUACCCUUGGAACCUGUGUGGUGUUUGAAGAAAAUGCAGAGCAUGUGGACGCAGAAGGAAACCAAAAACUACAGCUGAAAUACAAGUGCCACACGGUGAAGAAGCUGAACAUGACACGGACUCUUCUGACUGAAAAGAAGGAAGGAGAAGAGAACAUAGGUGGUGUGGAGUGGUUACAGAUUAAAGACAACGAUUUCUCAUACAGCAGACCUAAUAUGAUUUGUAGUUUUCUGCACCAAAAGGAAGAUUCUGAGGAGGCAGCUCAGGCCCAGGACAAAUUGGCAGAUGAGUUGGAGGGAGAGGUCAAUGACAAAGGGAACUCUGACCUAAAUUACGAACUGGAGAAGCAGAAUAGCAUGGAAAUGGAUGACUCUACCCCUCUCGUUGAUAGCCCUGCCUCUGAAGCAGAGAACUCUCCUUCAGGAAGUGCCCAGGACAUUACUUUAGAUGAUGCUCCUAGGUGAUGUCAAGUCUGCAGCAUCCAGAAGUGAGGAUUAAUGGAGUUAGUUAAUAUUAUGAAUCACAUUUUUAAAGUCACCUCAACUUGACCUCCACUUUAUGUGAGUAAUUAAUAGUGAGUAAUAGACUUGAUUUUAUAUAUAGUAUUGCUAAAAGGACACUAGUUAGUUUCAAAACCUCCAAGUUGAAAAUUAAAAAAACCCAAAACUUUAAACCAUGUUGUGAAUAUUUUUGAAAUAAUUCCUUUAAAAACACUUUCAGGGUUUUUGUUUUUUUUUUGCUCCCCUAUUUGACUAACCAUUAUAAUCAGUUUCUUCCUUGCAUACUGUUUGUUUGGGGGAAAUAGUGAAACUGACAUUUCAUAUCAUGUUAUGUACAAAGUAAACGUUGCAUUGUUUUGCCAACUUGUUUCAGACAGUCAUAGUAAUCUUAGAUGUUUUUAACUAUAAUAAGUACAACAUUUUCAAACAAAAAUGUGACUUUCACACUGACUCUUUUUUCUCUAAAUUAGUGUGUGUUCUCUAUGGAAAACUGUUGUGGAACAGAGUGAAGCAAUGUGGCAUUUGUGGUGUCUUCCGUUCUCCACUAGCCCAUUGUGCUCAUCUUUCUGUUGUUUUCAGUAUUUAAAGUAACAGCACAAAACAGAUUUUUACAUUUCUAAAUGUUACAUAGAUAUGACAUUGGUCAUUUUGGUUGCUGCACAGUGGAAAUAUUGGUGGAAGGUGAACAAAGGAUAGGAUGGAGAAGUGAGUAAGGCUAGCUGGCCCAGCAUUAGAGAUACAGGGCCAGAUCUUCGUCUGGUGUAAUUGGAGUAGCUCCAUUGACUUCUUCCAUCUCUGCCUAGAGUAACUAACAAAAAUGUUUGUGUCCUGGAAUAAAUUUAUGGUGGAGUUUCUAAAUUAGCAUUUAGAAAGGUGUUAAUCGAUUGCCAAGUAGCUGAAGUUACAACAGGAUCACAACUCUAAUCUAGACAUACUUGGUAUUUCUUCCCAGAGCAUUUCCACUGGGAAAAUUGGGCCCUCUAAGAGACUGUCUAAAUACACACAUUGCCCUGGUUUAAAUUACAUCGUGUUGGUUAAACUAAUGCAACUUCUAUAUGUGGAAACUCUUUUAUGUAGGCUUAAAACAAGUUUUUGGUUUGGCUUGCACCUCAGUACGCUUACCAACACAAGGUAAAUGAUAUAAACCAGGUUUAAAUGGCAAUGAAUAUCCAAACACACAAUAGCACUGGUUUAACUGAGUAUAAAAUUACAUCUUUAGUUAACCUCUGUAUGUAGACCAGGUCUAAAUCUCCACUGGCAACAGCAAGAAAAUGCAGCUCUACCAGUGAUAGCAAGAGAACUUUUGCCCUUUCUACACUACAGCUUCCAAUAUUUCCUAGUGUUAGGCAAGCUUUAUGAUACUGUCCUUCUGAUGUGAGAACCAGAAAGCAUAGAUUAAUAGUUUUUUAAACAUAAUUUGGUCUAGUGAUCAUUACACGUGAAGUACUCAAGGACAAAUUCAGAUAUAAAUCAGAGUUAGCAAUGAAGUUUUGGCUACAAGGGAAAACAUAAAAGGAAAAAAAAACAGUUCAUCUUGUUCCUGAGUAACAUGGUUCAUGGUAGAAAUAUCGUAACUUUUUGUUUACAUUUAAGAUAAACUGUUUUCAAUGGUAGCCUCCUAGCAUAGCAUCCUCCACUUUCUUUUGUUCUCAGCUUUGGUAUAAACACAUUUUUAUGGUCUACUAGCAAAUGUUUUUGAUUAUGUAUAAAUGUGUCUGUGAUGAAGAAAGAGGAGUCAAGGUUUUCAAAUAUUUCCAGGCUCUGCUCUUCCCCCAUAGUAUUCUCUAAUCACUUUCUUAAUAGUAUUAUGUUAUGCUACAAUUCCUAUUGUAUGUGGACAAAGAUGUAUGUCAGAAUACAUUAUGUUUACCAAUAAAAUAGGUAUUUAUUCCUAACACCA